AUGAGUUCCAGUUCUCAGUCAACAACAUUGUCUAAAAGUCUCAAUAGUCGUGCUCGUAGUCCUGAAAAAAGAUUUUUGUUCAUUAAUAAUGAAACGCCAAUUGUGUUUGGCGUCAAGCGUGAUGUACCCGAAAGGCACACUUUAGUGGAAAAAAUAAAAGAACAUGGUGGCGAAGUGACUGACAAUUACUGUGAAGCAGAUUUUGUACUUGGUGACCCUACAAAAACUCAAAUACGAACUCAAGGAGCUGAUAAAAUAAUUAGCUAUAAAUUUGUAUUGGAUUCGAUUGCUGCCAAAAGGCUACGACCCCCAAGUAGUUAUGAACUGAUUCUUUCUGGCGUAAGAUCCGGUCGACGUCAUUUUACGCUACAAGAUGAUAUAGACUUGGAAAAUUAUCUGAAGUCAUUACCUGAAACUGAAUGUCUUAGUGGAAAUGAGAUAUAUAAACAGUUUGAAAAAAUCAAUCCGCGACAUAGUUGGCAAUCUUGGCGUUCUCGGGCACUCAAAAAGAUUGUAGACAAUAUUUACGUUGCCCGCAAUGCACAAAUAAUAAGUAACGUCCAGACAACCAAUAAUUCAUCUACAUCGCAUCAUGCAGAUCCAGAUGAUCUAGCAACAGAAGAAAUGUUAGAAUCUGCUAUAAAUAAACCAGUAGAGAAUGAGUCCACUGAUACAAAUGAUCAAAUAAAUCAUGCAGAGAUACAAGAUACUUCUCAGCAAACAUCUGAAAUUGCAGAAAAUGAGAUCACUGAUACGAGUGAUCAAACAAAUUUUGUAGAGAUACAAGAUACUUCGCUGCAAACAUCUGGAACUGCAGAAAACGAGGUCACUGAUGUGAUUGAUCAAAUAAACUAUGCAGAGAUACAAGAUACUUCACAGCAAACAUCUGGAAUACUUGGCAGAAGACUUCACAUUGAUGAAGAUGUGCAAGAACAACCGGUAGCUAAACGUCCGAGAUAUUCAGCUGUCGAUGAAGAAUUUUUGCUUAAAAUUAAAGAAUUGUCUGAAGAGUUUCAUGUUCCUAAGACAGAAGUGAUUCGAUUACUAGGCGAUACUACAUGUAAUUUCGAAGUGGUUAGAGACUACUUAAACAAUAAUGUAAUCGAUGAAAAAUAUUUUUGGGGAAAUGAAGAAGAUGCGAUUAUUUUGGCAUCUACAGAUGAGGAACAAUAUAUAGACGUUGUACGAAAACACGGCGUUGCACUGACGAGGCAAAGGCAUACAUUUCUCACUGCUUAUUACAAUCAUCUUUACACUCAUCUAUAG